AUGUGGCCAGGACCAAGUCCGUUAUGCUGCUGGAUGAGAAAACACGGCGUGUCUGUGAAAGACCUGUGCUGGACCCGCGCCUCGACCCUCGGCGUCCGCACCGCCGUCAUCGAAGAGAGAUAUCUCGGCGGCUCGUGUCCCAACGUCGCGUGUCUGCCCUCCAAGAAUCUGGUGUAUGCUGCCGCGGUUGCGCAUACCAUGGCUAGGUAUUCGCGUCCUGGUGUUGGAAAUGAUGGUGCUAUGAAGGAGAAUAUUAGUGUGAAGCCGUUGUUGCGAGCACAGCAGCAUCAUAUGGACGGGAAUGCUGCGCUCCAACUCGAUAUGGCGGCAGUGCGGGACCGCAAGCGCAGAAUGGUAGCUGGAUUACUGGAUAUGCACAAGUCCGUAUUUGCAAGUAGCGGUGCAGACCUGAUUCUCGGUCGAGGCCGUUUAGUCGGUCCGCACGCCGUGCAAGUUCAACUUGCCUCGCACAUUGAGAGUGACGGCCACGGCGAAGGCGAAGCAGCAAGCGGAAGUGAAGAAAGCCAAAGCAACAAAACCCGCAUGCUAACCGCCGACCACAUCAUUCUCUGCACGGGAUCCCGCGCCAAUCUCGACCUGGGAAUCAGCGGCCUCGAAGCCGCAAACCCACUUACCCAUAUCGAGCUGCUGGACCUCGAUUCCGUACCACGACAUCUGGUGAUCCUCGGCGGCGGCUACAUCGGCCUGGAAUUCGCACAGGUAUUCCGCCGCUUCGGGGCUGCCGUCAGCGUCAUGGAGCGCGGGUCCCGCAUGCUCAAGGGCGAAGACGCAGAUGUAUCCAGCGCACUGGUCGAUAUCCUCCGUGACGAAGGCGUGGCUUUCUUCCCAGACACGCACGUCUCACGUCCCUUCGAGCUUUCCGGCUCCCAUUUACUCGUCGCGGGGGGCCGCCUCCCGAAUACACACGAUGUAGGCUUGCAGGCUGCAGGCGUCGAGUUGACGCCAUCGGGCCACGUCAAGGUAGACGCAUACCUGCGCACCAGCAUUGACAGCGUCUUCGCCGUCGGCGACUGCGCUGGCUCCCCACACUUCACGCACGCGGGCUUCGACGACUUCAGAAUCGUGCGCGACGUGCUGCUCCACAAGACACCCUUACGCUCCACAAGGGACCGCCACGUCCCGUAUACACUCUACACAGACCCGGAACUCGCACACGUCGGAUUGACCGAGCAGGAUGCUGCAAAAGCGGGGAUUGAGUACCGUCUUGCGACGCUGCCCAUGGCGGCGUUUCUGCGCACCCGCACAAUGGAUGCCACGCGUGGCUUUGCAAAGGCGCUUGUGGGCGUGGACAACGAUGGUAUUCUGGGGUUUACGGCGCUGGGGCCGCGCGCGGGCGAAUUGUUGCCUGUGGUGCAGCUGGCGAUGAGUGCCGGGCUGCCGUAUACGAGUAUUGCCGAGUUGAUUGUGACGCAUCCGACUAUGAAUGAGGGAUUGGUGUCGCUGUUUGGAAGUGUGCCGCCGCGGACGACAUAG